UUGAGCUAACGUUACAUCCUUUCACCUCAGUGUAAACGGAAGUAAACAGUGACCAAGAUCAUUUCCACGUUACAGUUAUUUGUUAUUUAUACUUUUUGUUGACACGAUGGAACUCUAAAUAUGACUCGUUUAACUGCACAGCAUCACAUACUUAACCCGUGCAGUCUUUAUUUCGCGUUAGAGACAGGACUUGGAUAGGUGUUAUCUAGGUAACGCUAGCUGCUAAGGGUUAGCUAACAAUGGCUAACUGUAUGGUUUUUCACACUCAGAUAGCCUCCAUCAUGGAGGUGCUAGCGAAUGCAGCCGUGUCAGAGAUCUGUAAACUCGUAGACGACGACUAUGCAGUGUUUCGUUUGGAAAUAACUCAAAGCCAGAAAGAAAACAGGGCAUUACGGAGGAAACUACUGGAAAUGAAGGUGGCACGGGAGCGCGCAGAGAGGACAAUGCGAGAGCGCGUCCUCGCUAGUUCCAGAAGUGUCAAGAUCCUCGACCGAUACAGAGGAAUGGCAAGAGGUGAAGGACAUCCCACUGGAGGCCAUAGCAGCUUUAUGAAGCCAGCGGAACACAAUACAUGGAGAGAUGACCAACCAAUCACUGUUGAUGAGGAGAGUGGAACCUCAACCCAGCACGUUAUUGUGAUAGAGGCUGCAGAUGCAGAGGCUAUAGGUUCUGGGGUCAAGCAGGAGAGGUCUAUAGGAGAGGAGGACCCACGUCACUGCAGAGACAUCCAAACUGGAGCGCCCCCUGAAGCCACGGAGGACCUCGCUGCCGCUGUGCCCCAUCCCAGGACCCGACGAAGCAUCACGGAGGAGGAGGAGGGUCCAGAGGUGCUGCUGGUGAAGGAGGAGGGGUGUGAAGAGGGUCUGGAGAACCCUGAGGGGACCAUGGUCAUGGAGGACAACCAGACUACACCUCCUCCUGAACCCACAGAGGAACCAGCUGAGCAGCACAGGACCACACACAGUCUCACUGAGUCAGUAGACAUGGAGGAUGGGAAGCCUGAUCUGCUGCUGGUCAAAGAGGAGACAAUAGAAGUUGGACCAGAGAGCAUUGAUCUGCUAAGUGGACUAAAGAUGGGGGAGCAAGGUGGUUUGCUGGAGGCUAACAGAGACUGGGUGGCCAUCUUGGAUUCUCAGACUGGUGCAGCCAAGGGCCCAGGGGACGACAUCACCGAGCAGGCCAGGACCAGAAGCAACAUUGUGGAGUCAGUAGACAUGGAGGAUGGGAAGCCUGAUCUGCUGCUAGUAAAAGAAAAGACAGUGGAAGGCGGACCAGAGAGCAUUGAUCUGCAGAGUGGACAAAAAAUGGGGGAGCAAGGUGGUUGGCUGGAGGAUAACAGAGGAGACUGGGCGGCCAUCUUGGAUUCCCAGACGUGUGCAGCCAAUGGCCAAGCGGAGAUCAUUGGAUGGGACAGUGUCCUCAUCUCUGGGCUAGGGAACAACACUGUUAACCAUAAUCAGAUACAGACAGCCGAAAGCAAAGCAACAUCCAAACUUAGUCUCUAUGACAACAGACUGGCUGAGACCAGGGCGAGGUGUAGAUUUGGUCUGCAGGGUCGGGGAGGUGUCCGUAUGCGGCUGGAGAGAACAGAUACAGACUCGGCUAGUGAUGCUCCGUCCUGCUCCUAUAGUUGUGAUUCAGAGAGACUGAUGGUGCCUCAGGUUAACCCCCUAACAGGUGCUGCCUUCAGCCUGCCUUCUAUAGGGUCUAUCAACUGGAAUAUGGACCCUGCGACAACACAGACUCUCCCUGGCCUUCGUCCUCCUCACACUCUCCUAAUGUUAAACCAAACCUCAGACAAUGCCAGUGCCUCAACACUAAAUGGCUACACAAGCCCAUUGACAAAUGACAGUAGUAGUAUUGCUAUCAGUAGAUAUGGUGGCAAAGAGAAGCACUACCCGUGUUCAUUUUGUGGGAAAGCCUUCAGUUUCCCCAAACAGGUGGAGAUCCACAAGAGGAUACACACAGGAGAGAAACCAUUCAGCUGCCACCUUUGCCAGGCCAGUUUUUCACACUCAUCCAGUCUGAAGAGGCACCAGAGGAUGCACACAGGGGAGAAACCAUUCAGCUGCCACCUGUGCCGGGCCAGUUUUUCACACUCAUUCAACCUGAAGAGGCACCAAAAGGUCCACACAGGGGAGAAACCAUACAGCUGUACCCAGUGUGAGAAGAGGUUCUCCCGCCAGCAGCGGCUGAAGAUGCACCUGAAGAACCACACAGGAGAGAGUACGUUUGCCUGUACGCAGUGCGGGAAGAGGUUCUCAGAGAGGAGCUGCCUCAGGAUACACCAGCAGAAAAUGCACACGGCCCAUGUAUAGAGUAUAGUGACAUCAUAAUCUAACUGAGCAGCAGCAGUUAGGGAGAGCUUCUUGUAAAAUGUUAUUCUUUUUGUUAAAUUAUUUUGUAUUUAGUGAACAGUUUGGUUGUUUCAAUUGCAGUGCUGUGUUCUCCACAUCUGGAGAUGUUAGUAGAUGUUUUUCCUUUGAGAAGAUUGUUUGUUUUUGAGAGAAUGAUCAACCUGGCUCUAAAGACUAGAUAGUCUACUAAGUCAUCUUGAUCAUCUGGCAACAAGGGCAAGGUUGAGGGACUAGGGCAUCAGGACAAGAGAAGAAGGAGGAGAAAUAGAGGAUAAAACCAACAGAAAAAAGGAAUUGAUUUGGAGGAUUUCUAAAGGAAAGACAGUACAAGACAUUGGAAAGUCAACCAACAAACAAAAACACACACAAAGGAGAGGUAGGAUUGUUUUGGACAAUGUAAUUGGUGUGUACAGGGUUAAUUACACAACUAAUAGCAUAUUUUCAUUAUAAAUAGUGCAUUAUUUAAAACCGUUACAUGCAUGUCAGUGGAGGCUGGUGGGAGGAGCUAUAGAAGGACAGGCUCAUUGUAAUGGCCUGAAUGGAAUAUAUGGAACGGU